UCCGGUUCAGUCGCGUUUGGGGUGUUUGUUCCGAGCAUUGACGUUUCGACCGUGUUAGUGCAGCUGAAUGAUCCAGGGAAUCUGUCCGUUUCCGGUGGCUCCCUGAUGGAGCACUGGUGUGCUACCCGGUGUGCAAUAGUGAUAUUUCUUUCGCAAGGAUACUAGACGUUUUUUAUCGACUGCAAGUGGGAUUUAUUUACCUUAUAUUGGAUGAAAAUUUUUCUGAAACAGAUUUCAAUUUUCCAGUGGCGACAAUAAUUAAUCAGUGUUUUUGGAAAAUUGUUUUGAAUGAUCUAGCAGAAGAUCGUUUGAUUGUUUGAAUACUUGAUUGAAGAUUAGUGUGACAGUGAUUCAGUGACGAAGUGUUAGACAACUCAGAUUUCAAUCUGGCAAAGUUUUUUUUUGGACAGGUGGAAAGCGGCAUUUCGUGCAAUGUGUGAAGUGAAGAGUUGAAAUAGCUACAGGUUUAUGGUGCUACGAUCAUGUUGUUUGAGAUUUAUAGCUGAUAUAAAAACUGAGCUUGCAAAUUUCGUUGAGUGGUUCGGGAUUAGCCGAUAUAUGUAGAUUUUUAUGUCCUUCUCGCUGCAGCCAGUCUUCCGGAUUUGAUGUGUGCUGAAGUGAACGAUAACUGAAUGACUCAUUGACAGGUUGGAGCUAAGAAAGUGAAACCCGCAGAAAACUUCAAGCACAGCUCUGUUGGACCAAACCGAAAGAAGAGGAAAUCGUAAGGCAAUUGUAAACAUAGUUGAACCGUUGGCUGAACUAGUGCUUCUCUGCGUGUGAUCGACAACGUUAUUCUGGAGAAUAAUGAAAUUGACCUAGAAGUGGAGUUUGCGUAAAUCGAGUGUGAAUUUGAUUCGGUCGAAACGUGCUUGUAUAGUGGACUUUCGUCACCUACGGAGUCAUUGAAAUUUCCCAGAGGUGAGAAGCACAAAAGAAGAAAAACUCAGCAUCUUCGCACAGCAUAGAUCCUACGUAAAGAACGGUUUCCUGUGAAUCGAUAUAGUGUUUUAUGUAGAAUUGAUCGAUCCGAAGAGGAGCUAAACAACGGACAACUAAUUAAGGUGAUGAUCAGGUCAUGAACAGUCCAUUUAAAAAAGGUGGACCCAUCCGAGGUUUCUUAUGAAGUCGGAGCAGAUAAGCUUAUGUGAAAUGUAAUAAAAAAAUUUGCAAGCUAACAAAAAACAAAAACCACUCUUAAAUGGAGCCGAGCUCCCGGAGCAAUCGGAUUUACGUAUCUUUUUCUAUUCCGAUCUGCUGAUAUGCUGAUAUUCAUGUCGCUACAGCUGGACCCUGAUGGUGGAUUUAGGUAUAACGAAACGCUCCACCACGAUGUGGAGUCGAUGGAAAACAUCGAUUCUACUGGUCAUCAUGAUAAGUUGGAUAGCAAAGGCGACACCUGGUACUAGUCAAAAUUUCAAAAUUACUCCUAAGCCCUGUACAGUAAACGGAAUAGAAGGCACCUGUAUGUUUGUGUGGGAAUGCAUCAAGUCCGAAGGUCAGCACGUGGGUGUUUGUGUCGACUCAUUCAUGUUUGGGUCCUGCUGCUCACACAACCUGACUGAUAAUGUGAUACCACAAAACUACCAUCAGACUGUAACCUAUCGUCCAAAGCCGGCUGGCAGCAACAAGCAUAAGCCACAGAAGCCUAGUACUUUCGUUAGUAGCAAUGGCUACACAACCAUAUACCGCCCGGGUAAUGGCGGUACAUUAGUAAUACGACCGUCGCAUGUUCAUCACCAACAUCACCACCCACACCACAAACCGUCGUCAUCCUCUUCUAGCAGUUCCAGUAGCAGUAACGCCAUCAGUCAUAUUUUUAGUCAAAAGCCAACAGAGGGCACUGUAAAUAAACAUUCUACCUUAUCGACACCCGCACAGCAGUCGGAUUUGGAAAUGGCGGCUAGCAGUAUGUCGACUGGAAUAUUCACCACCCAUUGGCAAGCUACGACUGAACCUAGUUUCAUCACGAAAACCCGGCCACCAAAACCAAGCAAGCCGUCGAAAAAACCCAUCCUAUCGGGUUCAAAUAAUAUUCAAAGUACUAUAUUAAAACCAAAACCAUCGGCCAAGCCGACCAAAUCAACUACCACUACUGUUAAAUAUACGACCACAACUAGUAUUAUUAGCACAACUACGCGGAGGCCAACAACGCAGGAACCUCCGACAUCAAUAAUGUCCUUCUCAACGGAGCUGGUACCACCGAGUACCACUACCAUUGACACCAACACGAGCCUAGCGGCGGUGUCGUUAUCGACUGUGAUUGACGGUGGGAGCUUUUCGUCGUCUCCCGAAAUGUAUACGAUGGCUCCGGGGCGGUCCACGCUGUCAGCUGCAAGGAACUACGAGUGCGGAGUGCAAACGAUGGGUCGUCCGGAAACUCGAAUCGUAGGUGGAAAAAAUGCCCCCUUUGGCCGAUGGCCCUGGCAGGUGUCGGUGCGGAGGACGUCCUUCUUCGGGUUUUCCAGCACGCACCGGUGUGGCGGAGCGGUAGUCAACGAUAACUGGAUUGUCACCGCAGGCCAUUGUGUAGAUGACCUACUAACGUCACAGAUACGAAUACGGGUUGGUGAGUAUGACUUCUCGCACGUGCAGGAGCAAUUGCCGUACACGGAACGUGCCGUCGCAAGGAAGGUCGUACAUCCCAAGUACAACUUCUUCACGUACGAGUUCGACCUGGCGUUGGUGAAGCUGGAGCAGGCGCUGGUAUUCGCACCGCACAUAAGCCCAAUUUGUCUACCAGGAACGGAUGAUCUGCUAAUCGGUGAAAACGCUACCGUCACUGGCUGGGGGCGGCUCAGCGAAGGCGGAACGCUACCGUCAGUACUGCAGGAGGUGUCGGUUCCGAUUGUCAGCAAUGAUCGAUGCAAAACCAUGUUCCUCAGGGCAGGCAGACAUGAAUUUAUUCCGGAUAUUUUUCUUUGCGCUGGUCACGAAACUGGUGGCCAAGACUCAUGCCAGGGCGAUUCCGGUGGUCCACUUCAGGUCAAAGGAAAGGAUGGUCACUAUUUUCUAGCCGGUAUUAUAUCCUGGGGCAUCGGAUGCGCUGAAGCAAACCUACCUGGCGUUUGCACGAGGAUAUCGAAGUUUGUUCCGUGGAUUUUGGAAACCGUUUUGUGAUAAACUUUUAUAACUCGUCUGCGAGAAGGAUGACAAGUGAGGAGCCGUGUAAUGGGAGAAGCGAAAAGUGUUCAAUCAGUAAACGAAAAAGACUUGAUUUUUAUUUAGCACAAUGUACGGUCCGAGAGAUAGCAAAAACAAGUUGACACGCAGGUAGAUCAUGUAUAUAUUUACUAGAUUCGCCCACAUCACGAAUCGUUGCGAUUAUAGCUUCAAUUUUAGUGAAUCAGGAUUUUUUUUCCCAAUAGAUAGCAAUUGAUGAAACCAGAAUAGCCGAAAAACAAAGCUUGAACAGUCACUAUAGAAGAACGAUGUAAAAUAUGUAAAAUUAGUUUGUAAGCUUAAACACUACCAUUGUGUAAAUACUUUUGUAACAUAGUCUUAAUGCAUAAAACUAGAACCUUGAUAUUACAAAUGUAUAUAUUAAUCGAUCCUACACGCAACAGU